AUGGCCCUGGUCACCGUGAGCCGCUCGCCCCCGGCCAGCGGCUGCUCCACGCCGGUGGGGCCCCCGCAGGACCAGGCCUCCAAGCGGAGAAGCCGGCUCCAGCGAAGGCAGAGCUUCGCGGUGCUGCACGGGGCGGUGCUGGGGCUGCAGGACGGAGGGGAUGGUGAGGAGGCUGCUGAGUCCAGUCCUCGGCCCUCGGAGGAGCCCUCGGGGGAAGAGCAGCUCGGCGGGGACCAGACGGACAACGGGCACGGGCCCCAGAGCCCCCAGAAGCAGGAGCAGAGUCAGCACCUCCGCCUCAUGGUGGAGCUGCUGAGGCCACAGGACGACAUCCGCCUGGCAGCCCAGCUGGAGGCAGCACGGCCUCCCCGGCUCCGCUACCUGCUGGUCGUCUCCACAAGAGACGGUGCGAGCCAGGACGAGACGGUCCUCCUGGGAGUGGACUUCCCGGACAGCAGCUCCUACAGCUGCACCCUGGGCCUGGUCUUGCCUCUCUGGAGUGACACCCAGGUGUACCUCGACGGAGAUGGGGGCUUCAGUGUGACGUCCGGCGGGCAGAGUCGAAUCUUCAAGCCGAUCUCCAUCCAGACCAUGUGGGCCACGCUCCAGGUGCUGCACCAGGCGUGUGAGGCGGCUCUGGGCAGCGGUCUGGUGCCAGGGGGCAGUGCCCUCACCUGGGCCAGCCACUACCAGGACAGACUGAGCUCUGACCAGAGCUGUCUCAACGAGUGGAUGGCCAUGGCCGACCUGGAGUCUCUGCGGCCUCCCAGCGCGGAGCCUGGCAGGUCCUCGGAACAGGAGCAGAUGGAGCAGGCCAUCCGGGCCGAGCUGUGGAAGGUGUUGGACACCAGUGACCUGGACAGCGUCACUUCCAAAGAGAUCCGCCAGGCCCUGGAGCUGCGCCUGGGGCACCCCCUCCAACAGUACCGCGACUUCAUCGACAACCAGAUGCUGCUGCUCAUGGCGCAGCAGGACCGGGCCUCCCGCAUCUUCCCCCACCUCUACCUGGGCUCGGAGUGGAACGCUGCGAACCUGGAAGAGCUGCAGAGGAACAGGGUCAGCCACAUCCUGAACAUGGCCCGGGAGAUCGACAACUUCUACCCCGAGCGCUUCACCUACCACAACGUGCGCCUCUGGGACGAGGAGUCCGCCCAGCUGCUGCCGCACUGGAAGGAGACACACCGCUUCGUGGAGGCCGCAAGAGCGCAGGGCACCCGGGUGCUCGUCCACUGCAAGAUGGGCGUCAGCCGCUCGGCGGCCACGGUGGUGGCGUACGCCAUGAAGCAGUACGGCUGGGGCCUGGAGCAGGCUCUGCACCACGUGCAGGAGCUCCGGCCCAUCGCCCGCCCCAACCCGGGCUUCCUGCGCCAGCUGCAGACCUACCAGGGCAUCCUGACGGCCAGCCGGCAGAGCCAUGUCUGGGAGCAGAAAGUGGGCGGGGUCUCCCCGGAGGAGUCCCUGGCCCCUGAGGUCUCUGCACCGUUCCCACUGUUCCCGCCAGAACCGGGGGGCAGUGGGGAGGUGCUGGCCACGGGGUUGGAGGAGGGCCAGCCGUCCCCGAGAGAGGAGCCCGGACCACGGCCCCGCAUCAACCUCCGCGGGGUCAUGCGGUCCAUCAGCCUCCUGGAGCCGCCCUCGGAGCUGGAGAGCGCCCCCCAGGCCGGGGACCUGCCGGAGGUUUUCUCUUCAAGCGAAACCUCAGACGAAGACCCUCCUCAGUCCUUUCUUCAGGUCUCUAAGGCCAAAGGAGGCAGGCGGCUCUGCAAGGGGUCUUGGCCUGCCCUGAAGUCCCGCCAGUCUGUGGUUGCUCUCAACAGCGCCGCCCUGGUGGCCAGCCGGAGCCUGGUUUUCCAGGAGCAGGAGCAGGAGCAAAAGCAGGAGCCAGGACUGAGGGAGGCUGGCGCUUCCUCCACACCCAGGCUCAGGAGAGUGGUGAGGCAGGCCAGCGUGGACAGCAGCGGGGAGGAGGGUGAGGCCUGA